GUCGGCCUCGGGCAUAGGCGGCGCGCGCGCACCUCACGUCGCUACAGUGAAAGGCCGCAUGACUCACAGCCACGCCAGACAUGAACGAGUACGCCGAAUACGACUGGAGGUUGCAGCAGAUGCAGAACGAGCGCCUCUGUGACGUAUCCAGAAAGAGACUCACCGACGGAGACAGGCAACGGGCCCUCGACGGGCUAAAAGAGGCCGUCGACUCGAGUCUCAACCUCGCCCUGCGCGACAAGAGUCGAUGUCAAGAUGACAACUUUUUGCGGCGGUUUCUAUACGCGCGCAAACACGACGUGCAGCAGAGUUUUGAGCUGCUAGUUCGCUACCACCAGUACCGGCGCGAACACCCCGAGCUGUGGGCGGUGGCGGACGGCGGUGUACUACGGGCCCUGGCCGACGGUCUUCCGGGCGUGCUCUCGCAGCGUGACCGGCGCGGCAGGUGCGUGCUGCUCAUGUUUGCGUCCAACUGGACGCCGCACGCGUGCCCGUUGCUCUCCGUCUACCGGGCGUUGUUGCUCACGCUGGAGCGGACGCUAAACGAAGUUCAAAAUCAAGCCAACGGCUAUGUUAUUAUUGUGGAUUGGACCGAGUUUACAUUCAAACAGUCGUGCAGUUUGCAAGCAAAAGUUUUAAAGUUAAUGAUCGACUGCCUUCAGGACUGUAUGCCGGUUCGGUUUAAGAGCAUACAUUUUAUUGGACAACCUUGGUACGUAGAGACCGCCCUAGCUGUAAUAAAACCCUAUUUGAAAGCGAAGACGAGGGAAAGAAUUGUAUUACACGGAAAUAAUCUAUCGACGCUACACGAUGCGUUACCUCUCGACAUUCUUCCUGCAGAGCUGGGCGGAGAGGGACCUUCCUACAAUUCGGAACGUUGGCUAAAGGAAUUUUGUCAGUAUGAAAACAUUGAUCCGUCCCCGGUACCGACGAUAAAAACAACUGCACCCCAAGAUAACGAAUUACCGGCUGCUAAACUGGACAAGGCAUACAUACAUAAAGAUAAUCAAAAUUUUUCGUUCCAUAGCAACGAGAAAGGAGCCAAAUCAGAAUUGUUGCGUGAUAAAGACUGACCUUUCAGUGCAUCGCGAGCACUGUUGUUACAAGGGACAGAUGUGCUGGCCCCACCUUCGCCAGGUGUUUUCGUACAUUGUAAUAUGUAUUUUGUGAUAUCCAGUGUUUUAAAAACUAUUGAUUCGUUAACGCCCGGGACCAAAACUAGUUUUUCGAAAGCAAGUGUGUGGUGAAAUACGAUAUCUCAGUCAUAAGGUUUCAGAAUUAAGUGAUGACAUUUAGUCAAUCUGCUUUAACGUUUAUCUGAACUGUAUUGACCUCGCUUAGUGCAUGUAAAGAUUAUUAAUUAUGCAUUCGGAUGUCAUCUUCAAGUUAAGUAGGAGUAACCUCGAAUACUUCCGCGUGGGCCUAACGGUUCUGAGCUCUCAUUUUAAAAUAUUCAUUCAUGUCCAUAUUAUGUAUGUAGAGUCACUUUUACUGGAAAACAUGACUCAUAUGUAUAUAAAUCUUCUAUGAAUGUAUUCUGCUUGUAUCAUAAAAGUAAUAUGUUGUGAUAAUUCAUAACUAUUAUACAACGUGAUUGAAUAUUAUUGCUGUUGAUAAUUUGUGAGGCUUGUUGCGCAUUUACUAUUGUUAAGUUCUCAAAAAGUCGAUGCGAUAUGUCCGAAAUGGUCUUCGUUAUACAAAGUGAUUUGAAUUCUAUGUAUGUUUGGAUACGAAUGGGACAGUAUUAAAUUAUUUAAAUUUCGUGUCCGCUAGUGUUGAGUGCUCAUUGUUUAGUUUUAUUUGCGUAUUGUGUGAGGACGCUGUAUCGAAUGUUGUCACAUGUCUAUCUCCAUGCUCUCUUAGGAUAAGUUUUAUUCAGACGCUUGUCAGAAAGUCGAAUAUAUUCAAUGUAUCUCAGUUUUUUUCUGCUUAUUAAUACAUUAUAUGUAAAUAUGUCAAAUUUUCGACGCUUAGAACCUGAUAUUAUGAAUUACAUAAUUAAUUAU